AUAGGGGUGAUCAGGUCUUACAAAACUGAGUCAUUUGUAUUGAUACUGAAUGCUAUACAUCAAUAGUGGAUAGCUUUUUAGAAAAGGAGACUGAAAAUAUUUGUGGGACUGGUAGCACUGACCGUGUAUUAUUUCUUGGAAGCACUGUGAUCUUGCCAGGCUGGCAUUUGCUGAUGAAAUGUUCUACCGAGUCCCACAGUAAACAGAGCUUUUUCUCUGUAGGAUCUCUGUCUCAUCUGCUGCAGAGGUUGCAAGGAAUGACAGAAGAUUAAGGAAGAUCUUGCGCUUACAGAAUUUAAAUGCUGACCUGAAAGACUUAGUGACUUGAAAGACUUUGUCAAGUCAUUGAAAUAAAACCUUUGCAAAUGGUGUCUCAUUGGAUUCAGAACAGUCUCGGUUAAGCAUCUAAAAGAUGACUUAUGAAGGUGUUGAAUACUCAUAGCUUAGUAGCUGGGGGCUGUGAACAGAUGAGCUGCAUAGUGCUAAGUAUCCUGGAAAAUGAAAUUCUAGAAAGACAUCUCAGAUUGAGUGCUUUGACAAUCCUAUGUUUGUUUGCUAUUAAUAGGGGGACUGGCUCCCGUUACUGUCCCAGGAGUACUGUGAUCCUCGGUUAAAUACCAGGUGAUUUGUUGCUCUGGUGAGAAAUGCUGUAGAAACAGCUGAGGACAGUAUCUGAACACCACAGUGUUGCAGCUGGCCAGUUUUGUCAACCUGUCUCCCAAGGAGCAGUAAAGUGAAAUGGAUAGAGACAAACGGCAUACUCUAAAAUUCAACUCUACCUAUUUUAUAGUUGGAAGGUAGAAGAGUACACGUCUAAAACUUCAAACCUAAGUAUGAGAAAUGAGUGUUGGACGCAGAAGAUUAAAGCUGCUGGGAAUUCUGAUGAUGGUAAACAUUUUUAUUUAUGUGAUUGUGGAAGUUUCAAAAAGUGGCAGCCAAGAGAAGAAUGCAGAAGGACGUGUUAUUAUACCACAAAACAAAUUCUGGAGAAAAUACACUCCUCACAAAGCUUAUUGGAAUAAACAGCAACAGAAACUUGAACUGCUCUACAACCCUAUUUUGACCUUGCUUUCCAAUAUGACUGUAGAAGAGAACUUAGCUUCUAACUCUAGUGUUCUCAGUUCCUGUGACCCUGACCCAUGGGUAACUUCAGAGGUUAGCGACUUUGCAGACUUGCCAGAAAGAUUUAAAGAUUUUCUGCUUUAUUUGAGAUGUAGAAAUUAUUCAUUAUUAAUGGAUCAGCCAAACAAGUGCAAACAUAAACCUUUUCUGCUGCUGGCUAUUAAGUCACUUACACCGCAUUUUGAUAGAAGGCAAGCAAUUAGGGAAUCCUGGGGCAAAGAAAUACAGUCGGGGGACGUAACAGUCAAAAGGGUCUUCUUACUUGGGCAGACCCCACCAGAGGAUAAUUUUCCAGAUCUUUCAGACAUGAUAAAAUUUGAGAGUCAAACCCACCAAGACAUUCUCCUGUGGAACUACAGAGACACUUUCUUCAAUUUAACUCUGAAAGAGGUGCUGUUUCUUAAAUGGGUCAGCAGCAGCUGUGCAGAUGUCCAGUUUAUUUUUAAGGGUGAUGAUGAUGUUUUUGUGAAUACCCAUCAGAUCCUGGAUUACUUGAAGAGCUUAUCAAAGGACAAAGCCAAAGACUUAUUUAUUGGUGAUGUGAUCAAAGAUGCUGGACCUCACAGAGAAAAAAAAUUGAAGUACUACAUCCCAGAAAGUGUUUAUGAAGGUUCGUAUCCUCCGUAUGCAGGAGGUGGUGGGUUUCUGUACUCUGGUGAUCUAGCAUUAAGACUGAAUAAUGCGUCUGACCAGGUACUCCUUUAUCCUAUUGAUGAUGUUUAUACUGGAAUGUGCCUUCAGAAGCUUGGGCUUGCUCCGGAAAAACACAAAGGCUUCAAAACAUUUGGUAUUGAAGAGAAAUACAGAAAUAACAUAUGUUCCUACACAAACUUAAUGUUAGUACAUAGUAGAAAACCUCAAGAAAUGAUAAAGAUCUGGACUCGCUUGCAAGAUCCACACUUAAAUUGUUAAAGUAAUAUGUGUAAGUGUGUUAAGUCCAAGUAACUUUACAAGUUUGGAUCUGACUUGGUGAACCAUUGAAGCUUCUUUUAAUAGUUUUCAGGUUUUCUCUGGAAGGUUUUUCCAGUACUUUUGAAAAUGAGAAUAAUACUAAAAUUUGAGGGGAUGGCAUGAAGACUUGGUCCUGAUUUUUUUCCACUGUUGUAGUGGUCAUUAUGUUUCAAUAUUUACCUAAAUUAAAAGAAUUAAAAGAUGUAACUAUCGGUCACUGAUUGGUUAGCUAUAUUGGAAGCAGGAAUUGCCUACUACAGUGCAUCUUUCAUUAAUUGUGAUGGUGGAAGAUAAUUUUUCCUUGAGUAAUAUUUGCGUGGGGGUGAGUGAAAUACCACUGUAAAUUGAAAAUUCACAAGUUGGGGUAAUGUUGUAUUACUUAAAGUAUAAAAUGCUCAAAAGCAAUUUAAAUACUGAUUUUUUUUUUUUAUUUUUUUUUAAUUUAUGGGUUUUGGUCAUCUUACAUCCCUGAACAGUUUUUUUUUCUUUUUUUUUUUCCCUUUACAUGUGAUCUUUUGUGUAAAGUGUGCCUGUGUCUAAAGAAUUUACCCUUUUUUUGGAUGAUGCUUUUUUGCACUAGGAACAGAAAAAGUACAAUAUGGUUUCGGCCACCCCAUAAAAGAUAAGAGCUGAACAUAAAAUGGGAAAGAAGAACAGAUUUUGUUUUGGGCUGGACAGCGGUACGGUUCUGUCUGCUUUUUUUCAAAGGUUACGUGAGGAAAAAGGUGACUCAUUUAUGUGAAGGCUACUCUGGUCAGUCCUUGUUUUCUGCUUUUGGCACUAAAAGUGAUCAGGUAGCUUAAUUUGAUGCAAAUAACUGGCACUGCACACUGCUUAUGAGAGCAUGGUUUGGAUCUCCUAUAAAGUGGUAGCAAAUCUAGAAUUGUGCAGAUCCUAGAAGUUUUGAGUUUUGAAACAGACUUCAGAGUUGCAUGAUGUCUCAUGUAGAGUUAAACGUGUUCUCAAAACUCAGAUUUUUUUUUUCUGUAUUUCCACAUCUUGCAUAUAAGAGUUACUCUAAAUAGUGAUUGCUUCCUUUGUAUAUGUAGAAGUGCCUGUCUAUUUAUUGUUCAGAUUAAAGACCAAAACAUUUUCUUAAAUAUAUUUUGUGUAACAUUUUAUUUGUAUAGUGUUGUCACUCAGAUAUUUAAAUAGAGCAUGAUAUUUUAAAUCUGUGAGAGGUGUAACAUGUUAAAUAAAGAC